ACGGUCAGAAAGCGGUGUUGUGGGUUGACUGAUUCUGAACCUACUUGCUUACAGUAUCAGACUACAAAGUGAAACUUCUUCACUGUCAUAUUCUCAGCAAGAUGGCAGAACAAACAACAUUGGACAGCCUGCUGGAAAUGGGCUUUGACAGAAACAGGGCGGAAAAGGCUGUGGCACACACAGGAAACCAGGGCAUAGAGCGGGCCAUGGACUGGUUGAUGGAACAUGAGGGUGACCCAGACAUUGAUGAGCCCUAUGUACCUCCUGUGGGGAACGUGCUUGGAGGAAGUGACCCACAACUGCCCAGUCCAGCAGCCCAGCCCACAGCAGAGGGAGCAGACCCUGCUACAGAUGGGGGUGACCAGAUGAUCAAUGACGGGGAUACCAAACAACCAAUGACAGAGGAGGAGAAACGUGAGCAGAUAAAGAGGCUAGAGGAUCUGAUGCGGGUGAAGCAGGAGGAGCGGAGAGAGAGGGAGCGAGCGGAAGAGGUGGACAGAGAGAAGCAGAGGAGGAGGCAGGGCCAGGAGCUGCUGCAGGUCAAACAGAAACUGCAGGAGGAUGAGAUGAAGAAAAUGGUCGACCUGCGCCAGAGAGAGAAGAACGAUGACAAAAUGGCCAAGCAGCGGGUGCGAGACAAGAUAGCACGCGACAGAGAGGAGAGAGCACUUAAGUUUGGAGGUGGUUCUUCUAGUAGAGCUGUAACCUCCCCUUCAGCAGAGGGCCCUCCCUCCUCUCCGCCCAGUCAGGGCCCGCCUCCCGCCAAGAAGGACUAUAACGAGUGUAGAAUCCAGGUGCGUAUGCUUGACGGCUCGGCACUGACCUCCGUGUUCAAGGCCCAGGAGCCGCUGGCUGCCGUGCGUGUCUACAUCCAGAUGAAUGGCGACGCCCCCGAGGGCCAGGACUUCACGCUGCUGUCCCCGUACCCACGGCGCGUUUACACAGAACUGGACAUGGAGAAACCUCUACAGGAGUUGGGUUUGGUGCCUUCAGCUGUGCUGGUCGUUGCGAAGAAAUAAGGACCUGAAGUAAUAAGAUGCUUUAUGAGCCAACAUCAUUUAUCACCCCCAACAGGACAGAGACCAGGAUGUCAACUAUGGAUUGAUUCUCCUUCAACAAACACUUUGAACUUUAAUCUGAAUCUUUAAUGGCAACACAAAAUGGAUGACUGUAUUGAUUAUCAUGGGGCCUAAAGUUAGACCUGGCUCGUUGACACUGUCCACUGCAUUGUAAAUUGUAGUUUUUCAAAGUUAAAUCAUUUUACAGUGGUGUUAUUGCAUACUCACUCAAACUUGGAAUAAACUUACUUGGAGAGUAA